GAUGACGAUGAUGACUUCGACAAUUCUACAACUCUCCAGAACAGGGAGAAGGUUAACGUUGCAAGUGGAAAGAGUAUAUGGGGAGAAAGUAAAAGUAAUAUAUAACGUAGAACAAACAGCAAGUAUGGCAAACUUCAGAACUGAGAAAGACACCCUUGGAGAAGUGCAGGUGCCGGCAGAUAAAUAUUACGGCUCCCAAACGGUACGAUCCAUAAAGAAUUUCCCCAUAGGUGUGGAAACUGAGAGAAUGCCUUUUCCAAUAAUUACUGCAAUGGGCAUUCUGAAGAAAGCUGCUGCCAUUGUCAAUAAAGAUUAUGGUUUGGAUCCAAAGAUAGCUGAAGCUAUUUCCAAAGCUGCUGAUGAUGUUAUCAGUGGGAAGUUGUACCAUGAUCAUUUUCCUCUUGUAAUAUGGCAAACUGGAUCAGGUACACAAACCAACAUGAACACAAAUGAGGUUAUCAGCAAUCGUGCCAUUGAGAUCUUGGGAGGCAAGCUGGGUACUAAAACUCCUGUCCAUCCAAAUGACCAUGUCAACAAGAGUCAGAGUUCAAAUGACACCUUCCCUACUGCUAUGCAUAUUGCUGUAGCAUUGGAGAUUCAUAACACUUUGGUGCCAGGUCUAGAGGCAUUGCAGAAAGCUUUGGCAAAUAAAGCAAAAGAGUUUGAGAAUAUCAUUAAAAUUGGAAGGACCCAUCUUAUGGAUGCUGUACCUCUAACAUUAGGUCAAGAAUUCAGUGGUUAUGCAACACAAUUGCAAUAUGGAAUUGAUCGUGUAAAGGACACACUUCCAAGACUAUAUCAGUUGGCUCUGGGUGGAACAGCAGUGGGUACUGGUCUCAAUACCAGGAUUGGAUUUGCUGAGAAGUGUGCCAGCAAGAUCAGUGAGCUUACAGGUCUUCCAUUUGUUACUGCUCCAAACAAAUUCGAGGCUCUGGCAGCACAUGACUCUAUGGUAGAAGUGUCUGGAGCAUUGAAUACUAUAGCUUGUAGCUUAAUGAAGAUAGGAAAUGAUAUUAGACUCCUUGGAUCAGGACCUCGAUGUGGUUUGGCUGAGAUCAUAUUACCAGAAAAUGAACCUGGAAGCAGUAUCAUGCCAGGCAAGGUGAAUCCAACUCAGUGUGAGGCCAUCACAAUGGUGGCAGCUCAGGUUAUGGGUAACCAUGUUGCUGUUACUGUUGGUGGCAGCAGUGGUCACUUUGAACUCAACGUCUUCAAGCCACAAAUCGUCUCAAAUGUUUUGCGUUCUAUACGGCUUAUAGGUGACAGUUGUAAGGCAUUUACAGAUAACUGUGUAUCAGGCAUCAGAGCUAAUGAAGAAAGAAUUUUAAAACUGCUGAAUGAAUCGCUGAUGCUUGUUACAGCCUUGAAUCCACACAUUGGUUAUGAUAAGGCUGCCACAAUUGCAAAGACUGCACACAAGGAAGGUACUACACUGAAAGAAGCAGCAUUGAAGCUUGGACUUGUCUCAGAAGCAGAUUUUGGGAAAUUUGUGAAACCUCAGGAUAUGUUGGGGCCCAAAUAAGAGAGUUCAACAGAUCUACUGCAUACAGAUAGUACUGGGAGUCUUGCCAUUGUUCUACCACAGCUAAAUGUUCCGUCAGUCAGAAGUGCAGGCCAUGUCUCUUUUUCAUUGAGAGAUAUAAAUUGUUUGAAUUGUUCGAGAAGGAUGAAAGAAAAUAUGAAUUAAUUGCUGUUUCAUUUAACACUUAAGAUUUGUUUUACUUGACAUCUUUUGUGCUAUUAAAUAGAAUACUGCAAAAACAAAACUUUAAAGAAAAUUGUUCUCCGGAAUCGUAGAUUGCACAUUUUGCAUUCCAUAAAUUGGUUUUCAUUUAAGCAGAAAGGCAUGUUGUCUGAAGACAGUAACAGAUUUGUGGUUAUAGUUCUGUAUAGUAUGGUCUGUAAUGUAUCAGAUGUGACAAAUGUUAAAUAUUGAUCUUUUUCUCACUCAGCUGAUUGCAACUUUGUGAGUAAUGAAAGAAUAAAUUUGUAUGCUGAUCUUGUCAUAUCAAUCAUUACAACAUAAUAAGAGAUAAAUAACUUCAUAUUGCACUUAUAUGCAUAACAUUAAUCACCCAGUACUCUUGAUAGUAAAAUUUUCCAGCCACCUGGCAUUUCU